AUGAGAAAUGAUUUACCAUCAUCAGGACCUUGGAAAAAUGAAUCAGCAAUUAUUAAUUUGGAUAAUAAAGAUGGAUCUGGAACUCAUUGGGUGGCGUAUAAAAAAAGAGGUGGAAAAGUUGUAUACUUUGAUAGUUUUGGUGAUUUAAAACCACCCAGAGAACUUCUUGUCGUGUUUAAUACCAUGGAGGCGACGGCAUUAAAAAUAAAUAAAAAAAUUGUUCAAGAUGAAUCUAUAUCUCAUUAUGAGAUUCAUGCUCAUCAACCAUAUGGUUCAUCAUUAUAUAAAAACAAUGAUGAGAUACGUAUAGCUGUACAACAUCAAGAUUUAUGUAUUUUACCAUGUGAAAGUUCAAUUCAUAUCACUGGUAAAUUUACAAAAGACAAUGGGAGUGCUACAUCAAACAAAUCUUUACUUGCAACAAUGUUUGCUUGUUUCUUAUUUGAAGAAAUGAGAUAUGAAUUAAAUGGAGUUGAAAUUGAUCGUAGUAAAAAUGUGGGCAUUACAACACUCAUGAAGGGAUUUCCAUCAUUUACACCAGAGCAAGAAUAUUCUUUGGAAAACAGUGGAAUGGUACUUGAUAAUAAAAAACUAUGUGAUUCCAAUGGUAAUUUUGACGUCUCUAUACCAUUAAAAUUAUCAUUUGGAUUUGCUGAGGAUUAUAAACAAGUCAUUGUUAACUGUAAACAUGAGCUAAUACUCAUAAGAGCCAACACUGACUUGAAUGCAAUACAUCAAACUGAAAUAGCUAAUACAGCGGCUGAAAAUGUAAAAAUUACUCUUGAUAAAAUUGAAUGGUUAGUGCCAUAUGUUACAAUGUCUGAUUCAAAGAAACUUGAUAUGUUAAGUUACAUCAGUAAAGAUCCAUCGAUAUCAAUACCCUUCAGAUCAUGGGAGCUAUAUGAAUAUCCAUCUUUACCUAUAACAACGAAACACAUCUGCGAUAUCCAUAUGCUAACAUGA